UAAAAGCAAGGCUUGUUUAAUAUGAUAUGAGGGUAAGAUUAUAAUAUACCAAAUGUAACAUUCUUAGUUGCCUUUAGUUCCAGAGGCUUUGUAAGACUUCCUCAUGACCAUCAUAACAGGCCUUGCUUUUGUCGUAUUUUGUGGCUGAAAAAGCAGCCUUGCUUCUUCAGAUAUUGUAGUUAUUUGGAUGUAUAAUAGUUUAGCAAGAUGUUACUUUUGUAAGACAUCAGAUGUUCAAAAAAGUGCAUCAGCAACUUGUACUAAAUACUGCAGUGUCCCUUUAUAAAAGGUCAGACUAAAACUGACAACUGUACAGUGAAGCCUGACAUUUGGAUAUUUUGAAGUUUUUUCAUAAAUCAUAGAAUAGUAUAUGGCUGUAGUUUAGCUUUUUAGGUAAAAGGUAUGUUUUCAUUAGUGCAUUUCUUAUUGCUGAUCACUGUAAAAACACGUGGAUCAGCUUUCCAUUUCUCUUAUGCAGAUCAUGAUAACCUGUAGAGUAGAGUAGAGUACAAUCAUUUGUGCUACGUUUUUAAUUUUCUGAAGCACCUUGAUGACAGUGAGUGUUCAGUGGUGAAGCAUCCUCUAUUGAACCACCCCUAAGGAAAAGAAAAGAAAAAAAAAACCACAAAAAAUAAAAUAACUAAAAAAACACCAACUUUGCCAAGUCCAACUUCGUAUAGGUAAAAGAUAGUUUAAAAUUAUGACCUGCGUUGGACUUGGCAUAAAGAGCUUCCCUUAACCCCCUGCCCAAAGGGAUACUGCAGUUAUACUACAUACCCAUAGGCACCACAAUGAAAAUUGAAGCUUAUACCUAAUUAAGGUUUUAUACACACCAGUUCCCCCCAGUAAAUGCAAAUUUUAACAAAAUUAGACAUGUCAUAUGUUGAAAAUGCUCAUGGCAAACAAUCAUUUUGCAUUCCUGCAAAUAAAAUUGUUUUAUACUGUAAGCUGGAGGCGAGUGUAACUUAUUUUUGUAAUAAAGUUUUUAUUUUUUUUAUGUGUCAUUAAUAUAAAUGUGUGUUAGUACAGAGAUCUUCUGGUUACAAACUUAGAAUCGCACACAUUUCAGUAUGUUUACUUGUAUUUACAUCAUUUUUAGAAUAGUGGUUGCCAAUAGCCUGUAUGUUUCACAGUAAUUUUUUUUUUGUUUUUUUUUUUGUUUUUGUUUUGUUAUCUUAAUAAACCAUUUUAGUAUGUUGUAUGUCAAUUACUGGGAUAGCUGGGACAUGAAGUGUAAUUUAAAAUUGUCAAGUAUUCAUUGGAAUAUGUAAAUGUGCCUUGCCAGUUUUGAACUUAAAGACAAAGUAAGUGAAUGAUGGUGAAAUGAGUAAUCGAUGCAUAAGAGACAGUUGCUACUACAGUUUCGUGUACUGCCCUUGCUAAAGAAGAGUAACCUUUUCCUCAGAUUUGAGCAUAAAAGUUAUGCGGUUUGCAUUAGCUUCUGAAAUUUCAAAUCUAGUGAUAGAAUAUUAGGCUUAUGGAAAGUGGGUUUGCUAAUUGUAGCCUUAAGUAUAAUUCUGAAUUUCAAUGUAAUCCUUGGUGCUGGCAUUCCCAGUGCCAAGGAGUUUAAAUGCUCCCUUCAAAGAGGUUGCCAUGCCUACUGGCACUUUUACUGUCAUAUGGUUUUAUAAGGAACACUGUCAAGGUGUGGAAAGCAAUUCUGAACUUGCUAUAAAAAGGAAACACUGGGGGUUGUAGUCAAGGGGACAUCCUCAGGUUUCUUAAUGUUAAAAUCUCUCCAUUGCUGGAAAACUUAACAACGCUUGUGGGAUCACAAGUGGUAGCGACAGUUCUUAGUUUGGAACUGUGUUGGGGGGGAGGGGUAAUAUAUUUAUGGAAUUGUAACCGUUGAUGGAAAUGAAUAAAAACAUUGCUAUUAAGGCACUACGUGUGUUGAAAUUGAGGAUGUCGACCUCAAUUUCAGCCCUGAUAAAAGCACGGGGAACUAUUGCGAAAACUGCAAAAUUGACAGGAAAGUGUUUUCAGUCGAAUGCAAGCAAUGGUGAGCGAGCAAAAUAUCAAGAUCUUGACAGUGUUCCCUCUAAGUAUGAACUCAAGCCAUUAUAACUUUUAAAAUUAAAUAUGAUUUGCACUGUU